AUGAGCAUCAAAGGCAUCCAUCCACUCCACAGCCUCAAAGGACAUCAGGCCGCCGUACUGACCGUUGAGUACGCCAAAAACUCAUUUCUGGGUCAAGAUCUACUUGCUUCUGGAUCUGAGGAUAGCACUUGCAGAAUAUGGGAUUUGAAGUCGAAAAAGGUGCUCAAGGGCAUCAAAAACCUUGAUGCUCCAGUAACGAGCAUUAAGUUUGCUAGAAAAAAUCAGCCAUACAUAUACCUGUCAUCGGGAAACAAGGUUUUGAUCUAUGACCUCAGAUCAGAAGGCAUCAUUAUUACCGAGCCGAUUCAAGUUUAUGAGUUUAGCAACGAUGAGAUCAAUAGUAUUGACAUCAACGAGAACAACAAGUUUUUAGCAACUGCAGAUGAUGAAGGUGUUGUCAACAUUGUCGACUUGAGUAACCACAAAAUCUACAAGAAAACAUCCAAAAAGCACAGCAGUAUCUGCAUGUCUGCCAAGUUCAGGGCCAAAAAAUCUUGGGAGGUUUGGUCUGGAGGCAUGGACAGUAAAGUGUAUGAAUGGGAUUUUUCUCGAGGUCUACCAACAAACAUCUACGACAUGACACCCAAGGAACCCUCAGCAACUCAAAUGUUCAAUCCUCCAUUUGUGUACAAGAUUGCCACUUCUCCCGACGGUGAAUGGGUGGCAGCCAGCUUGGGCGAUUCAACAAUUCAAUUACUAGCACCACCCAACAAGAAGCAAAAGAAACAUCUGCGAGAGAUCAGAUUGGAAAACGGCCACAAUUCCAUGGUGAAUUGCUUAUCGUUUUUGACAAGUGACGAGUCUCUGCUCAUCUCAGGAGCAGCAAAUGGCAGAGUUACCAUGUGGGAUUACAAAAACCAAGAGGCACCCCUUGUUGGCAUGCUCCAAUUAGAUGAUGGAUUAGGAAAACUGAAUAGUCUAAAGGCAUUUGACAUGGAUGGUGCUCUGUACAUUGCCACUGCAGGCACUAGCAAAUCCAAUGAUGGUGCCUUGCAUAUCUAUCAACUACAAUAA